GAACAUGUUCUCCAGUUUCCAGCUGCGCAGGAGAUCCAGAGUAUCAUGCCUAGUGCCGUGGCUACUCUGCCAGAGCGUCGGUGGACCAACACCAAGGGCAUGUCCAACAUGACUAAGAAUGUGAUGAUGCUGCGCGAAAGCCACAUCCAGAUGGUCGCGCUGGGCUCGCUGCAGCACCUCGCGCGCAAGGCCGACUUGUGGGACGCGUCGCUCGACUUGCUGCAGAGAGAGAUGGUAGAAGUCCAGACGGAGCAGGACGACAACCGGCGCAAGCGGGAAUCGUUGCUGGAGCAGGUGGUGCGGACCAUAGCCAAGGUGGAGGUGCUGCAGCACGCGCUGGUCAAGACGGAGUCGGACUUCGUGCGGCUGGACGCGGACACCGCCACAUUUAAGGCACAGCAGGAGGAGA